AUGCUCGUUUUCGGCAGUUCGGAGUUCUUUGUCGACCCCCAAACAAGAGGUGCUUUUAAAAAAACUUUUGAAUCAGGCCAAUUGCCCCCCCCCCCCACCCCCAACAUAAUGAACACGCAAAGCGACUCUCCGCCCGCGCCCGACGGAAUUAAACUGCUCAAGGGGCUCCUCCCCGGCGCCAAGGAUGGAGGAGGGGGGAGCCGCGGAAAAAGGUCAGGCCCUGUCUCCUUUCCGGAAACCCCAGCGGCCCAGCCCCUCGCCCGCUGCGAAGAAUCGACGCCGGGAGCCGGGCGUCGGGCCGCUAUUGCCCGCCCGGCCCCUGCUCACCUGCCGUCCCGCCGCCGACCGAGCCCGGGCCCCCGGCCCGCAGCGCCUCCGGAGGGCUGCCGGGCGCCCGCCGAGCUCAGCGGAGCCCGUUGCCUUGGCGACUGGAGCUGCCGAACUCCCGAGGCUACGGCGGCUCGGAGGGGACCAGGAGGCGUCACGGCCCCUUCCGCAGCCCCCGAGCGCGCCGAGGAGGGGCAGCGGGUGGAAGUCCCGCUUCUGAGCCGCGAGGGGCCGGGGUUGGCGGUUGGCAGCCUGAAAGUUGGCCCGGAGGGAUGGGAGAGGGAAGGAAACGUUAAGGCGGAAAAGGGGACAGCCAGACCGGGGGAAGGACUUGUGCUUCGGAGCCUGCCUGUGCCUCAGUUUCUCUCUCUGGCACCUGAGAUGGAGGCUAUUCUGGGAGAGAUGACGGAGCCGCAGGCGGAAUCUUGCUAG